GUUGGAAUGUUCGACUCGUCAGCGGACGCUGCACGCAGGAGAUGAGGGAAUUAAUGGAGCAGUGUUGGUGGGGGAUGGGAUGGUACGAUGGACGUCGGACGGGGGAUAUCAUACCAGUAGAUCCUCCCCGAUCCUCUCUGAUCCUCCCUUUGCUUUGCUCCACGGCCGGGUCAGCUUGUCUGUCCCACCUGCUACCCCCCCUCCCGGCCCUUUUUGGGAUGCUGAGGUAUUUCAUGGUCCUGAUGUCCCCCGAGCGGACCUUGAAGGAAGGAAGGAAGUGAACUGGACCUAAGAGAACGAACCAACGUCUUAUCGGGACGGGAGUGAGUGUGGACGAGCGAACUGAUGAUGCUUCGGGGUUAAGCUCCCGAGGCACCCUUUCCUGUCUGUCAGUCAACCACCUGAUCUGACCUGCUCUGCUCGCCGUUGCCUCACAACAAACCGGCUUUUGCUCUUCCACCACCACUUUUCUUCUAUUUUCCUCCCUCCCUCCCCCUUGUCUCGGUUCCGACCAGUGUUCCAAUCCAUCUACCUAGAUAAACCACUUCAUUACUUAGCAUACUAUCCUUCCCUUCCCCCAUCAUCUGUAUUUCCUUCCCCUCCUCACCGCUCCCUCCCUCGUCGCCUGCACGGCUUUCUGCCUACUGUCGUCAUCGCUUCUGGCCGCAUCCUUCCCCCGCUGCGAUGGAUUUCCAUCUGGUGCCUCGAGGGGAAGAUCGCAAUUACACCGGGUUCCUCACCAAGACUAUUGUCUAUACAGCCUCGUUGAUUGUAUUUCUCGCGU